GGGCAUAUUUGAACAAAACCACCUUCUUUCUCACAACUGGCCGAAUCACCCAUACCAUGCCACAGUAAUGAACAUACUACAAGCGAAAUCCAGACUUCUGAACGAAAACUACAACACCUACUCCAACGCCAUUGACAGCUUGAAUGCUGCUUUGCACCUGGAGUUACCACUUCUAGCACAUGACCAAAAGCUGGAUUCUAUGCAGGUCGCUGCUGUACAUGACUACAUUAAUGACCGAGUGACGCUUUUUCGUUUCUUGAAACGCUGCGAAUAUGUAGUACCAUCCGCACUGGCCCUCAUGCUGGACACAAUACAAUGGCGUUUAAGGGAAAAUGUUGACUCGUUUAGCUGGGACCGUCUACCAAGCGAAUUGCAGCAAAGUGGGAUUGUAUUCUUUCGCAACUACGAUAAACUUAACAGACCUAUCGGAUUCGUUCGGCUGCGCCAUUUUCCAAAAUUUAGUCAAGGAAGCCUUAUUGACAAUAUCAAGCCAUUGGUCAUUUACGUCAUGGAAACCGCUCGUAAAAUGACGUUAGAUCUUACCAAGCAACGAGAAUUAGAUGGGAUGCAAUGCCCCCUUACCUCUCAGAUGGCGGUAGUCAUAGACAUAAAAAAUGCCCCUUUCCUGCCGCUGGACGCCGAACUACCAGGUGUGUUGAUGGAUAUUAUGGAUAAUCGAUAUCCGGGGUUCGUAGGAAGUGUAUAUAUCCUUAAUUAUGGAUGGAUGUACGCUGGCCUAUGGCAAAUGAUCAAGCUGCUCUUAUCUGAAGAUGCAAAAUCACGCAUUAGCUUUCCAAGCACUGCAGAGGUACUCAACUUCGUCAGUUCAGAGUCGCUAUUAUCUGAUUUAGGAGGAGCCGAUGACUACGAAUGGUCUCUUGAAAGCGACUUGAUAUUACAAAAAUACGCAAUGAAAUCCACCAUGGAUAACCUAUCCUCCAAACACAUCUCCAUAGAGCAACCACCUUCACCUGUUCCAUCCACCCCUCGCCUCUCCCGAAGUUAUUCAAAUGAAUCCAUCCUAUCCUCUUCUGAUGUUUUCUACGAUGCAACGUCGGAGCCGCGACCACGAUCGUCCUCACUUAUGUCUAAUAGUUCAGUAUAUCUCUCUCCUCGCUCUAUGUCGGUGUCAUCAAGUGCCUAUGGAACGCCAACCAUAGGGAGUCCCUAUCUGUUUCCGAUUGCAACCCGCGCCUACGACUCCAUACCCCCAGCUAUUACGCCGUCUGCUGUAUCUCGACCCUAUACUGGUUUACACACUGGACUGGCUUUUUUGACGUCCUUAUUCACUAGAGUUAAUCCUAAUGUUCAUCAAACUCACCCCAAUGGUGCUAUUCCGCCUUUCAUUCUGGAAGAGCGACUACAUAUCUUACAGGAACAAGGUUUGCCCCAAUUUGAAUUACUCCCAGACGUUGGUAACCUUGUUCAAUUCGAGGAGGAUCAACGCAAAAUCCAGUCCGCCAUCAUUAGUCGAACGGCCCGAUUUCCUAACCUCCUUUCACCUUCGCAUCCACAAUCUCCCUUUGUCACACAUCCUUUCUCAUCACAACUAAUAAGAGCAGAGCGGCGAAUCACGAGGACGGUCAGAAAGGCGUUCAGGCUGACUUUCAAGUUCAAUGGCGCGUUCUACUGGGUUGUAUUAUAUCUAUUACUUCGAGGCGGCCUGGAGGAUGUAGCAAAGGCAACGACCGAGACUCUUGUUCAGGUUGUUGUUGGAGGUAGUUCUGCCUCUGCUGGAUCAAGUAUUAGUCUUAAGCGUGGCGUUAUAUUAGGAAGUGCCGGAGCGGCUGUUGCUGGCUUAAUUGGAAUGAGCAUAGGCUCAGGCUAUUGAAGAUAACACAUAGACAGCUUGCAAAUUGUAAAAAGUAUAAAGUAAAGCAUUAAAGUAUUGGAAAAAAUAAGCGGGUCAGAAUGGA